UCAACAGCGUCGCGCGGCGUUCCCGGUGGUCGUCAAACGCACGGCGUUCGUGUGCUCGCCAGCUUAUCACCAGCGUACAUAUUUCAAGCACACCCUGUUCCUUUUCGAGUACCGAACAUUUACAAACACACACGGGCAUGUUAGUGCUGUUAGUAUGUUUUUUCUUGUGUAAUUAAUUUCCACAUCAACCGCCACAAGUGUAGGCAAAAGUUUUACAAAACAACAAAAAUACCAUAGUAAAAAAAAAAACCGAGCGCGUUAAAAUCCGUUUACACACCGGAAAUGAAUGGCGCUAAAUGCGCCGCGUGCAUCACUGCCGUCCUGUUCCUAUUCGCUUUCGUCGUCAAAGGUGCAAAGUCAAUAAUAUGUUAUAAAUGUAAUUCUAAGUACGAUUCAAGAUGUGGAGAUCCUUUUGAUCCCUAUACAAUCGGCUUAGUAGACUGUAACAUUACCGAAGUACCUUCCCAUUUAAAUGGAUACUAUCCUGUGCUAUGCCGGAAAAGCGUUCAACGCAUCCACAGGAGCAUCCGGAUAGUAAGGGACUGCGGGUACGUCGAAGACCCGGCUCACGACGAUAUGGACUGUUACAGCCGACUAGGCUCGCACGACACCGAUGUCACACACUGUUCGUGUACGUCCAGCAUGUGCAACGGGUCGGGCCGGACACAACCGUACGUGACACGCCUGAUCGUCGCUGUCUGCAUAGCCGGCUUAUUCUUGCUUGCAGUUUAACAACAAGGCGUCUACGCAGUAGACACGAAUACGACCGGUACAAAGAUGAUAAUAAUAAUAUUAUGUAAUAUGUAUUAAUAAGUAAUUCAAUUAAAUAUGCUUGUAAAAAUGUUGUAAGCCUAAACGAAAGUGGUAGCCGAAGUGGUGUGUAUAGGUCGUUGCCUGGACGAGAAUUUAAUCAGAAUAUUAUUUUGUUGGCGUUAAACGGGGAACAAUUAAAGAGUCUCUCAGCAUUGGCAUGAAACAAAAUCUAAUAUACUUAUAUAUACUAUUAUGAUGUUAUGUAUUAUUAUUGUUUUGCAUCUUUCGCGGUACCUUUUAUUUUGUCCAUUUACAAUGUUAUAAUUAUUAAUUGUAUUUAAUUUAUUAUGGAAAAAUGCAGCAUGUUUAGAAAAAACUAUUCAGUCUAAGCCUGCCUAUAUUUCUUUUUUAUAGUUAAAUUUAAAUAAUUGUUAUGAUUUUUACAACGCGAGAAAAUGUAUUUAAACGUGUAUAAUAAAUCAUAGUAUAAUUUAAAUUGUAAUAUAACAUUACGGCGUGAUGCCUGGCCGCGUAUAUUAUUUUAUUUUACAAAUUGCUAUUUUAUUAAUAUUAUUAUUAUUGUUAUAGAAUUAUAAUUGAUAUUACAGUUAAGAAAAGUACAACGCUAUUAUAAAUGCUAAUAUAGUUUGAACGUCCGUUACGGUGUUUGAGAGUUCACUUGCAACACGCGAAUUAUCAUAAUUAUUUUAUUUUUAUAAUGUACAUUGCGUUUAACGCUAUUAUCAAAUAUUAUAUCAUAAUAUAGCCAUAUAUUGCAUUAACAAACAAUCCGCAUUUCUAUGCAGUAGAUUUAUUAUAUUAUUGUGUGUAAAAAAAUUAAAAUUAAAUGUUGUAGUUCAAAAUCCGUUUUUGCGUACUGCGUUAGGCUUUAAUAUAGUCACCGCUGUUUUUUUAAUUAGAGAAAUACCGAAUUUGAAAAAUAAAAUCCGACAAUGAUACGAACACGAUAACAAUCUUCGAAAUGCACUCGUGUCCACAGUGUUAGUUAAUUUGUAUUAUUAUAUAUUAAACUAUACUAUUGUACUGGUAUUAAAUAAUUUUUCUUUUAGUGUGCGUUAUUAUUUAGUUAUUAGAUGUCAGGGUAUGUUUA